CAGGACCACAUUGAGCGGCGCCUUUACUCCAGACUUUACGGUUAUUACACAUCGACAUGCGUCGCUGUCGCAGCAGCAACGCAGAAUGGUUGUGUUUUGAUGGAGACCACAGAAACUGGACCAGUUUCGUCCUUUUAUUCGCGCUUUCGACAGCCAUAUGAAAAUCUGGGGCAGCGCUGUCACUAACCAGCUGAACAUGUCGUCAGAUUUUCGUUGUAUUUCCAGCCUAACGGGCUGUAGUGUUAGCAUUGUGGUAGCCAUGUAGGCAAUGUUAGCUGGCACGCUUGGACAGAAAUAGACAGCCCCCAAGGAAACAGCAGCCUGCUCCGGUGUUUGGACCUGCUUUGUGUGCAGUUAUCUGCCAGUUCGCAGUUUCUCUGGAAUGCAUCUCUCCAAGAAAUGUUCCGCCUUCAAAGUGGUGCUGAGUGCUCUGCUGAUAGUGGCGCUCCUGCAGCUCAUAUACCUGUCCUUUUUAUCCAAGUUUCACGGUAAGCAGCAGCGGUACCGAUACUCUGAGCUCUUCGGGGGCUCUGGAGCCAGGAAAAAUGCGCCCCCCGAGAAAAACACACGGAAGGAGCGUCUGAGGUACUCGCUGUCCACUGGUGGGAUCUUCGACAACAGUGGUCAGUACCGGGUGUACAAGAACUUGAUCAAAAGUGAUUUCACCACAAAUCAGAAACCAGGAUCCGACCCCAGCUCCAAUGUCUUGGCUUUAGCCACACACACAACCAUCAACAACCUGCAUCACCUGGAAUCUCUUCUGGAAAGGUGGCAAAACCCUCUCUCUGUGGCCAUAUUCGCACAUGGGCAAGAUGUCAAGUUUGCCACAGCUCUGGUCUAUGCUCUCAGCUUCUUCUGCCCUCAGAUCCAGGCCCUGGUGGACUUCCACUUGGUCUGCCUCUCAGGAGAGAUGGCCAGUUUCCCUGAACAGGACCGUGAGCAUUUUGCAGGGCUUGAGGACUGUGCCGCAGUGUUCUCCAGACUGGAGACCUACAGGGAUAAAUACAAGAACUAUGCCAUCAGUGGAAACAUCUCCUACCCCAACAACCUUCUUCGUAAUGUUGCCCGAGGUGGCACAGAGUCCUCCUACGUCCUGGUCAUUGACAUCGACAUGAUGCCAAGCGCCGACCUCCACCAUCAGUUCCUGGCUAUGAUCUUGAGCCGAGAGCAAGCGAGCGAUGAGGUUUUUGUGUUACCUGCUUUCGAGAUCCGGCACGCCAGGAAGAUGCCUGCCACCAAGGCAGAGCUGGUUCAGCUCUACCAGGUAGGUGAGGUCCGGCCGUUUUAUGAAGAGCUUUGCACGCGCUGUCAGGCGCCCACCAACUACUCACAGUGGGUUAACAGCCACGUUAGAGGGACAGGCACACUGGAAGUUGCCUACACACUUGCUUGGGUGGACCCCUGGGAACCUUUCUACAUCGGGCCCCGCACUGUGCCCCUAUAUGAUGAGAACUUCAAGCAAUAUGGCUUCAAUCGCAUCAGCCAGGCCUGCGAGCUCCAUGUGGCCGGAUACAGGUUCUCGGUGCUGAGCUCAGCCUUCGUGGUGCACCGGGGCUUCAAGAUCCAGGGGGAGUUCCAUGCCAGGAAAGACGAGGAGAACAAACGCAACCGGGUUCUGUUUCGCAGCUUCAAAGAGGGCCUGAAAACCAAAUAUCCGUCCUCCACGAGAAGAUGCUGAAAAAAGGUGAGGACUCUGUGUCCUGCCUGCAUCGCUCUCUAAUGAAAUCAGUCUUCUGCUGAAAUGAUGGGUGUACAUUUUUCUUUUUUAAAUCAGAAUUAGUUUCCAGCCAGGCUCUCCCUGCCCAAAACAUACAGUUUUUCCUGGGAUUUCUUGUAAAGAUGGCACAGUAAGAGUUAAAGCUAAUCCAACUCUUGGGUUUAUUUUCAAAUCCUUCUGAAAAUGAGCAGCAGGAAAAUGAUCUCCAGGGAUUUAUGAGAGCGUCCUGCUAGUUGGGACUGAAAGUAAAAAGCUGGCCAGCAACUCAUGAGUUUACUGUUUUGGAAUCAAAUAUGAUUUAAAAUCUAGAUGGCAUUUGAUCAACGGUAAUUUUAAUCUGUAUGAGGUACAUGUAAUAUUUUAAAACAUUUUUGAGUUUGUCCAGAUACAAUAAUAGACACAGAAACGUGGUUGCAAGCCACAGAGUCUCUACAUUUUCAAAGAAACAGAAGUUUUCACUACAUUUCACUACUGUAUGUAACGUUUAGUUUACGGUUCCUACAUUUCAUGACAGCUGAUCAAAGAUUGCCUCGUACCUUGAAGUUCAACUGAAAUCACAUUUAGCCAUCCCUGUUUGCAGUCAAUAAUAAUGGCAAUUCAGUCUGAGUAUGAGGCUAACAAAAGACCCCAAGUCUUUCAGAAAUGUACAAUUUUUCAGUUUAAUGGAAAAAGCAAGUGUGACUCUUUUUUUGUGCCAAGCCGUGAUGUGCUCCGGCCACCAGAUGGCAACAGGCGCUCGAGUGUUAAGCGCCAGGUUGCAGAAUAUAUUUCAGCAUGAGGUGAGGGAUUACGCAACACCAGUGUUGGUUGGUGCUCAGAGGGAUGUGAAUUCACUCUGUGCCACCUCUGUGGGCGCAUUUCAGAAGUUUUAGUAACCUGUCAGUGGUUGUUCUUGCCUCAAAGUUGUCUGAGGUGAUUACUCGCACAUCACUAGGACAACAAAGCACUGGGCUACUUUGUAUACAGACAUUGUACAACACUAGCAUUCUGCCAGCACUGUGAAAAACUACUGUAUUAUAACACUGAGGAUCUGACACUGGUAAUCAAUUCGAUUAUCUAAAGGUUGGGGUUUUUUUUCCCCCUCCUCUUUAAGAAGAGUAUAUGUGAGUGAGUGAGCUACAUGUGGAAAUGUAACAUGGUUAGUGGGUAGAAAGAUAAAAAUACUGCAUCAUCAAAAUAUAAGCCACAAACAAAAGCAGCCUGUGGUUUCAAAAGGUUUGCUGUGGAAAUACUUAUCUAAACACCACUAGUAAACAAAUAGCAAAUUAUAGACCUUUAUUCUGUAACCCACUGGUACAUACAAAACAAACAGUAUUAUACCUUGACUACUACUUUUCUCAUGUUGGUUUAGUGAAAGUACAUAAACUGCAUAUACAUAAGAUGAUGUUUGGUUACUUUUAAGUGUGAAAUUGUUAUGUAGUUGUUGAUUUAUGAGAGUUUUAGAUAUGUUUUCCUUCAAUUGUAGUUUAGAUAUAUUUAUUGUACAAAUGUUUUCCUUUAACAGGGAUUGGUUGAACAAUUUUUUUUAAAAUGACUUCAAGCAGGAAAAACGGUAGCACGAAAUUGUGUGAUUAUGCGAAAAAUUGUGUUUGGUACAGAACAUUUAAGCGGUUUUGUUUUAGAACCACUAAAAAAAAUCAUUUUAUUAGGUAUUUUUGGAGUGAGAUCAAUUUCAACAAAUUACCUUGUGUGAUGAUGUGAAGUGGUGCUUUAUUUCUCAUGUGACUUUUCCUUACUUGAAAAUGCAGUAUUUGUAUUUAUUUUUUCUCUUGUGUUCACAAAAUCUAUUGCCUGAUUUGUAUUGUUGGAAUUUAUAUUAAAACUACUGGGUGACUUUAUUUAACCCAUAA